AUGGGCGAGGAGCAGAGCACAGUGAGCGGCGGCGGCGGCCCCCAGGAGGCGCGGGCCCCGGCGGGCGGCGCCACGGGCCACCCCGAGCCCCCGAGGCCGCCGGGGGCCGGCGCCGGGGCUCCGGGGCUGAGCGCCGCCUGCGCGGAGCCGAGCGGCGCCGGCCGCGGAAGCGACUCGGGCUGCGCGGACACGAGCUCCCCGGAGCCCCCGAGGACCGCGGGGGGCGCGGGCUGGAGACGGAGCCGAGCCGCGGGGCAGCCCGCGGGGCUGGCGCUCGCCGGACCCCUCAACCCUCAGACUUUGCACGAGCAGCUGGAAGCGGAAGCGGAGGAGCCGGGGGACCGCGGCGAGGGCAGGGAUGAGCGCCCCGAGGCGCCUGCCGGCGGCGCGCCGGGGCCGAGAGCCCGCGUCGGGGCCCCGGACGGACUGGUCCUGGACGUGCCGGGUCAGCGGCGCCUGCCGCCCGCCCAGAGGCAAGUCUUGUGCUCCGUGUACUGCGUGGAGAACGACCUGCCCGAGGGCCCCCCGGCGGAGCAGCUGCCGCCGCCCGCGUCGCCACCGCGGGUUCCGCCGGUGACGAGCCCUCCCGACACCCCCACCUCCUUCCCCAGCCCCCGGCUGUCCCUCCCCUCGGAUCCCCUCGCCCCCGACGGCGGCAGCAUUGAGCUGGAGUUCUACCUGGCCCCCGAGCCGUUCUCCGUGCCCAGCCUGUUGGGAGCUCCACCCUACUCUGGCCUGGGUGGGGUAGGGGAUCCCUAUGCGCCCCUCAUGGUGCUGAUGUGCCGGGUGUGCCUGGAAGACAAGCCCAUCAAGCCCUUGCCCUGCUGCAAGAAGGCCGUGUGCGAGGAGUGCCUCAAAGUCUACCUGAGCUCCCAGGUACAACUUGGCCAAGUAGAAAUCAAAUGCCCUAUCACAGAAUGUUUUGAAUUCCUGGAAGAAACAACGGUUAUCUAUAACUUAACACAUGAAGACUCCAUAAAAUAUAAGUACUUCUUGGAACUUGGCCGUAUUGAUUCCAGCACCAAACCAUGUCCUCAGUGCAAGCACUUUACAACCUUCAAGAAAAAAGGACAUAUUCCUACCCCUUCCAGAUCAGAAAGCAAAUACAAAAUCCAGUGCCCCACUUGCCAAUUCGUCUGGUGUUUUAAGUGCCACUCCCCUUGGCAUGAAGGUGUCAACUGCAAAGAGUACAAGAAAGGAGACAAAUUAUUGCGUCACUGGGCCAGUGAAAUUGAACAUGGGCAGAGGAAUGCCCAGAAGUGUCCAAAGUGCAAGAUCCACAUCCAGAGAACUGAAGGAUGUGACCAUAUGACCUGCUCACAAUGUAACACUAAUUUUUGUUAUCGAUGUGGGGAGAGAUACCGCCAGCUCCGAUUCUUUGGAGACCACACAUCAAACCUCAGUAUAUUUGGAUGCAAAUAUCGCUACCUCCCAGAGAGACCUCAUCUAAGGAGAUUAGUGCGAGGGUCUGUCUGUGCUGGAAAAUUAUUCGUUGCACCUCUAAUCCUGGUCUUGGGAUUAGCACUAGGGGCCAUAGCAGUUGUAAUCGGUUUAUUUGUAUUUCCUAUCUAUUGCCUUUGUAAAAAACAGAGAAAACGAUCACGGACAGGCAUGCACUGGUGAAAUGCAAAUAAUUUCAUCCAACUAAGCUUUUCCAGGUAGGAGCUAUACAGAAUGGUACACCCAUCUGAGAGUCAUGUCUUGAAAAACACUGAGAGGAACCUUCUGCCAUCUCGUCUCCCUGUGGCUCUCUGCCAGCCACAAUGCCUAGAGCUUCGGUGCACUCCCAAUAUGGUGUCCUGUCCUUUCCUUAAACAGAUUGCUGCUUUUCAAAAUGGUCACUUUCACAGACUAUAUACAGCGGUAUCAUAACUCUGACCUUCUUAAUGGUUCUUGGAAGAAAAUAUUUUAAUUAAGAACCAGUUAUCCUCAGAUUUGUCUGAGCAUGCCUCUCCUGAGCAUUGCUUGGAUGUCUUCAUACCUACACCUCCCUCUAAGCCAUCUUCUGAGACGGUGUGAAUAGCUCAAGUGCCAUCUGUACCAACAAGCAAAGCCACUUUUCAGAAGAUAAAGACUCACCAUGUGCACCUGUUUUCAUCUGUAGCCUAAGAAGUAUAACCCCCUACAUCCUUCAGAUGUUAUAAUUGUUACAAAUGCCCAAAAGGAUCUAAUGAAACUAAAUUAAUGGGAAGAAUCAUGAGUUUUUGAAGUGUAUAUGUGUAAGGGUGUGAAUGUGUGUAUAUAAAUAUCUGUAUUGAAAUCAGCCCAAUAACCUUGUACUUGUCAAGUUCUGUGCCUCUAUAUUAUCUUUCCACAUUUUCAUGGACAUAUUUAAAGAUGAUGGUUCCUUUGUGGGCAUAAUUUGGUAAUGUACUGAAUUAAAAUCAAUGUAGACAACAGGCAAUUUUGAUGUUUACCCUUUCUAUUUCUUUCUCUCUCUUCUAUUUGUCUCUGUCACACACACACAGAAACUUGUGCAUUGUCACCUCAAGGAUGAUCAAACUUUGUAACUGACAAAACUGAGAGGAUGCUUUCAGGAAAUUCUCAAGACCUAAAUGUUCUUUCCCCCCCCCCAAAUUUCCUGUAUUUUAGCAUAUAUGUUUUACUAUUUGAAUAAAUCCUUCAGACUGGAUUAGUUAAUUUAAAUAACAAUUUGCCAUAGAGAGUAUGCUUGAAUUAAGACUUUAAAUAAUCUUUACUCUGCAUUUUUUUUCACCAUUUUAGAACUACAGGUAAUUAUACUCUAGGUCAAGAUAUGAUAUUAUUUAAUACCCAGCCCUCUUAUUUCUCUUUUUUUCUUUCUUCCUCAUUUUUAUUUUUCAUAAAAACAAAUAUCAGUUUUGAAGGAUUUUUCUUAUGUUUCUAUUCAAAUCAAAUAAUGUUGAUAUCUUCCAAUGGGUGGGCUAAUUUGAAAACAAAGCUUUUGUUUUCAUGGGUUUAUCUAAAGCAUAAACUGCUUUUGAAAAAGGAAACAAAAGAAAAAUGAAGGAAAUUUUACCAAGGAUAGUUUUACCAAACUGGCAAAUCUUUAAAAAUAAGAAAGGGGCAUGAUAACUAAAUUAUGUUAUUCCUCUGUUUCAUCAUGACGGUUCAUCAGCAGAAAGCAAGUGACGACACCCCUAAGAAAAUGUAGUUUCCAAUUGUCUCCAAAUCCUUAAAACUAGUUUUCUGUCAUAUAUGUAGCAUGUAUGUGUCUGCAGCCUUGUCUGACUUGAAAUAGAUUAUGACAAAACAUGCAUAAACAUGGAUAGUUUGUCUUCGUUGGGCGCUAGAAUAUAAGAACUUUUAUCAUUUUUGUUUGAUCUAAAAAGUCCAUGACAGUGAAGUUUGCUUGCAGGAUAACAAACCAACACACUUCCAUUAUUUCCGAAUAACACUCAGAAUCAAUACACUAUAGUUUCUAGGCUGGCCUGUUUCCAAUUGGAGGAGAGUGUGUUGUUUAUAGUUCUGGAAUGAUAUAAGGAAAAGUGAUGCUCUAGUUCACAACUUCAUCUUUCCAUUUAUCCAUCUUUCAUUUGACAAAUAUUUAUUGAGUGCCUGCUCUAUAUACUCUAGUACUAAAACUAAAAGAAUAAGAUUUUCUAACUUAAGUCCAUGUAUUUCUGCCAUGAAAGUUCUUAAUAUUUGUAAAAUUGUCUUUCUCUGACUUAGGUAUUAGUUCAACAAUAUUUGAAUAUGAUGAAUAUUAAAUCUAGUAGAUAUGUUUGUAUAUGAUACAUGUAUGUAUAUACAUAUCUAUACAAAAAUAUUUCAGUAGCUGCAUAUGCAUUCAUAUGCCACAUAUAAAUAAACGAAGUAGCUAAAUAAAUAUACUCUCUGGUCUUAGAGAACCUAUUUUCUUAGGUUAUUGUAUCUGGUGUCUUUGGCUGACUCAGGGAUUUUUAUUCCUUUCUUUGAAUAACUUAUCUUUUGGAGAUAUUUUUAUAUUAUUUGGAAAUGUUCCAAUUUUCCACUUAGAAAGUAGUGUCUGUUAUCAGUGAAGGCUGUUUUCAUCGGUGCUCGAGAUAGCGUACACAAUGUUGCACAGAAUUUUCAUUUUUCUAUUGCAUAGAUAUUUUUAAAUUAACAUUUGUAUUUUUCUCUCUAUUGGUAUAUGUUAGCCCUUUCCAUACUAAUGACUAAGAGUAAUUAUUUGUGAAUUUUUUGUGUCAAGAUCUUAAAAACCAGGAGACAAUGAAAAGGGUCAUUUACAUGUUAGUGCCAACAAUGAAGGUAAAACAGUAGUAUUCCAACUUUUGGAAUAAAUCUAAACAACUGCUUUAGAAGGAUAAGCAUGAACAUAAAAUACUUAUCUUUCUAUCCAAAGCCUGUCAUUUUUAUAUGUUUUUUCCAUAAAUUUAAUAUAUACUUUAACAAAAAAAUCAAACCAUAUAAAAUUAUAAAAUGCAAAUUCCUUUGCUUACCCUACCCCUUAUUUUCUAGGGGUAACCACUGUUAAUGGUUUCAUGUCUUUGCAGACACUUUGUACAAGUAUACAGAUACGUGUGUGUGUCUGUGUCUAUCUGUAUUAGUUUUAUACAAAUACAAUAAUAAUAUUCUGACUGUCCUGUAACUAUAUUUUUUAUUUGUAGACACCUUCCCACAGGAAUUUAAAUAAAUUUACCUCAUUCUUUUGUAGAUAGUUAUAGAUUCCAUUGUGGGGCUAUAAUUCAGUUAGCCCCGUAUUGAAUGACUAUUGAGAUUAUUUUCACUUUCCUAUUACAAAACAUCGCUGAAGAUCCUUCGCAUAUAUUUUGUCACUUUAUGUGAACAUUUCCAUAACUUUUUAUAUUUGGCUUUUAUAAGAUAUUUGUAAUAAAACAUUGAUGCAUUUUCAGUGAAUGAGUUUCAUAGAAAUCAUGUACUUGAGACCCUUUUUUGGAGUCAAAAAGAUUAUAUAAAAAUAGCAUAGUUUUUAAAGAAAAACAUCUUUUGCAACAUAGCUCCUCCUCUCCCUGCUUAAUUAAAUACCUUGCCAAAAAUUAUGAAAGAAAAUUCGUCAUAUUCCUUUAAAAGUAGAAUACUGAGAUGUCUAUAAGUUAUGUGAGAAGGAUGCAUUGAUAUUUGGACUGCCUUGUUUUAAAACUUGAAGAUUUAAAAAAAAUAGCCAAAUUGAUGUUGGUCACAUUUUUAAAAAACACUAUCCAUGUUCAUGCAUGUCGUUCCACAAAAGAACUUAAUUAUGCUGUUGUGAAAAGUAGGAAGCACUGUGUUGGCAACUAUGAAUGACCACAGUUAUCCAUAGAAAACGUAACUAGACUGUUUGUAAGAUCUGAUUGUUUGCAGGAAUGCUUGUACAUUGGGUUAACAUGAAACAGUCAUUUUACAAUGAAUCCUAGCAGUGCCGUAGGAUAUUCUGUAUGUAGAGUUUAAAAAAAAAAAAAAAAAGGUCAUCAAGCCUUCUGUUACAAGCAACAUCCUGUUGCCACCACUUUGAUUUUCUGAUAGGUGUGUUAUUCUAUCCGAAAGAUAGAACAGGAAAACAAUCAAAGAUAAUUAAACACCAGUCAGGUUACAACCUGAUACUUUUAAUUGUAUUUUCUCUGCUUGGAAUCAGGAUUCAUGGGUGCCUAUCAGGACUUUCCCUGUCCUGUGCCACUCACUGUCUCCUGAAUCCCAGAUGAGCCUUCAUCUUCUAAUCCUUCCACCCAAACAGAUUGCAUGGCCCACGGCUCCCAUAAAAUGUGUAUAAACCAACCAUAAUCUCUUCUGCUCCCUGGCAGCCCUCACCACCUCAUUUUAAUCCAUUCCUCUGAUGCUCUAACUUCUCAGCAGAGGGUGAGAGACAGAAGGGGGUGAAAAACUCACCAUGGCACGAACAAAGCAUCAUCAUUCCCUUCUGACCUUUGACAAAUUAGAGUAAACUUGCCAAAAAAAUUCUUCCAACUUCUCAUGAAAUAAAUGCGAUUAAUUGUUUUCAAAUUCUGACUUUUUAGGUCACCUGUUAAAAUUUAUAAUGAUAAAAAAGUUAGUGUUCUGAAUAACAUGAACUCAUACACUUCCUUACGUAACAAAAAUUAAAAAUUCAUGCCAAAAUCCAUUUUAGAUUUUAAUUUAUAAGCAAAUUGUACAUAUGCCUUCAUGUGAGACUUCACAUUGGGUUUUAUGUAUAUCUUUUCAUAAAUGUAGCUGAUACCUAUCCCAACUAUGAGAGUAAUUUUUCCUGUGGUCAACUUUAUUGUUUUGUGUAAAUAUAGCCUUAAAACUCAAUAAUGCACUUUAUAAUACUUGUGCCAUAAAGUAAUUUGACAGUUAAAGCAACUGAUACCUAUAUAUAUAUGUACAUGUCAUAUACAUGAUAGGAGGAAAACAGUGUUAGCAAACAUGUCACCUCUUUAAAUUUGGGAGGAGGAAUUCAAUGCUGAAAAUUUAAAAUAAGUAAAACACACCUGAAAAAUGCAAGUUUUUGAAAUUAUAAUAAUCUUACAAAUUAGUAUCUGGAACUCAAACAUAGCAAGCAAUCAAUAAAAUUUAGCUAAUAGCCUUGUUUAGAAUAUUUGUUUAUGAAAUUAAGUUCAUUUCUACUGCAAGUUGGAACUGCAUUUUCAUAACUGAUUGUAACUAUAAAAUAAAAACCACUGACUAGAAAUAGAGUAUAUCAAAACUAUCGCCAAUAGCCAUUUGAACAUACUUUGUUUUUAAAAUUAUUUUAAUUAUGACACUUCUCUUCUGGAAAGUAAAUUCCAAAAUCCCAAUUUUAUUGUGUAUGUCUAUAAUUAUUACUCUUAUAAAAUGGAAAUAAUUUUAUAGUCACAUUAAUAGAUAUAUUCUGAGUAAAGAGUUCCAAAAUUUGGGAAGUAAUUAAGAUUAUGAAAUGUUACAUUUUGGAUGAAACUCAUGAUGCCAAUCUUUAAAACAUUCUGAUUUAAGGCUAAAACUAAUAUUCAUUUCAUAACCAACUAUUGUGUGGGUGUUCUAUUGUGCAUCACUCUUGCAAGGCUGAAGCUUUAGUGGCUUUAUCCAAAUCCAAAGAGUAAAGAGGCAGGUCUAUUUGGAGCAUUAGCUGAAACUUUCUAUGCCACAGACCGUGUAGAUCUCCAUAGAUAGUGCUAAUUUUAGAAGCAUGUAGCUAUGCAUAUUACAAAGUACAUUCUUUUUUGGCUAAAGAAGUGACUGUUUUGGGAACAACAAUGUGAAUUUAAAUGGCAAUAAGUCUUUUUUAAAAAAAAAUUCAUAAAGAAUUGUCACUGCCCUUUUUUUGUCAUUUCCACUUAGCUUGUAAACAACUGCAUUAGUAUAGUUAUCUCUGCAUCACUUAGAUUAUGCAAACUUAUUAGCAUAGAAAAUAGCAUUUUUUUGGUUUUUGGGUCUUACACAUUUUUGUGACUCUGUUCCAUCAUAAAAAGAGUCCGUGUUUGUGAAAUGAUGCUUCAAAUCUUGUUCCUGUUUUCUUUUAGAUUACCUGACUAUCUUGUUUUUUCCUCUGCAGUUCCUUUCCCAUCUUGGUCAAGUUUGGGAGAAAUUGUAUCUCACCAUUAACUUCUUUAACUCUAAUGAAAUUCAAACACUGAAAGGAUUCCAUUAAUUGGCUUUGAUAGCGAACAUAAUUAUCUUGAUUUAUUUUAUCUGUAAAUUAAGACAUAUCAGGAGUUCCUGGAACACUGUUUUCCCCUUCUUGAUAGGAGUUAGAGACCACUGCCCAGCCCUAUGACAGGAAGUCAAAAGAAUGAGAAGAUAUCACUGGAUCAGAAAACCUAAUAAUGCUCUAAGACUAAGCUUCAAAAAUGCUUCAUGCAUAUUGUAAGGUCAAUGUAGUAUUUGCAUGUUAGUUGACAAAAAAGCAUGUGUGGGUUAUUCACAAUACAUCCAAAGUAGCUAAGUAUAUGGUAUAUGAUCUUUGUUUCAGCAAAAAGUCCUACAGCUUGAUCUUGCAGCUACAUUUCUAUAAUGUAGCAUUUAUAUAUACAACUCAACCAUAAAUUCAUGCUCUGUGAACAUUUUUAGACUUUGAUUAUCUAAAGUAGAUCACAUCAAAUGUAACUGAUAUAGCCCUAUUCUAGAGAAAUCAUUUGUCAUUUGCAAAUGUUCAACUUUUUCACUAAAAUGAUUUAGAUAUAAGCCACAUUCAAGAUAAACUUAAUAUAGGUUUAGUACAUGACUUGGAAAAGUUCAACAAAGGUAAACUUUUUUUUUUCGAAGUGAAGAACAACAAAGGUAAACUUUUAACACCCAAAUUAACGAACCCCAGAAAUUGCUGAAGAAUUGUUAAAGAACCCCAGAAAUUGCUGAAAUAAUACUAUUUCAGUUUCUUCAUUGUAACUGGAAAGUCAUUGGUUCCUUGCAAAGUUGUUAGGUGUUCUCCAUGUCCCAGCAAGUCAAAUUACUAUUUGAGUAAUAAUCCAGUCAAAUUCUUGAAAACGACAUAGACUAUUAAUGUAUUAAUUGCUCUAUGUCCAAAUAUACUUUUAUUGCUUCUUUCAAGUAAAUACUACUUAAAUAAUUGAUAUAAAUAUUUGAAAUUUUUCAGUUUACAGAAAAUUAGCAUAUUUUAUGUUCCUUUAUAAAGAACUCUAUAUGAAGUAUCAACCUACUUCAAACCCUUUUCUAAAACUUUCCUAUGGCAAUAGCUUUAUUUUCUCAUUUGAUCACUUUCAUCAUAAUUCAAACUUUGUAGAUAGCAAUGUAAACAAUAGAGCAACUUUACAUUUCAUAUGAAACCUAGAACAUCAAGUAUACACACGUGUACAUAUAAAACCAUGUAACCAUUUUCUUUAAGGGUGAUCUGUUACAGAGUUUUAAUGUGAAAAUCGACAUUCUUACUGCUUAUGAAAGCAAUUAAAUUACGUUCUGAGAGAUCACAGUUUUAUGUUGAUGGAACACAAAAACAGUGGCAUUAAAAAGUUAACACAUUAUUUAUUAAGCCAUAAAAGUUUUAUUUCUAUUUUGUACAAAAUUGAUUAUAACUUUCAUGAAACAAAUAUAUUGAUACCUAUAUGUAUCCGUUGCAAAACGAUGGAAAAUAAGAUAAUUCAUAACUUUUUUCCACAAAGAAUGUGAACUCCCUAAAAGAAAAACAUUUGGGUGUUUAAUCUGUGUGACUCUAUAUUCCGAAGUUGCCAUUUGAAGGAAUAAUUGUCAUCUCCUAUUUGCAUUACCAGAAUAUAUCCCAUUGAAUUAUGUCCUCAUGCUCAAUAGCAAAUGAAUAAAUUUCUUCAUUUCAAGAUAAAUGACUUUUCACUAAUAUUUCAUACCACAUCUUGUCCAUUGUUUCAUUAUAUUGCCUACUUUACAUUUCCUAUAAAAUGUGUAGUCAUUUUCCAAAUAAUUAUAAUAUUUUUCAUGUUUAAAUGAGUCUCAUGGGAAGAUAUUUUCUUUCCUUUUUCAAUGAUAUUGAAAAAUAUUUAUGUAAUUUUAUUUUUUAAAUGUUUCUAACUUUUCACUAGUCAUACUGUUAGUUGAUAUCCAUAAGACUAUGUGAAGAAAACAAUUUUGAAUAUAUUUUAAAAAGAAAUAGGUAGCUAGAAAAUAAAAUAGACACUAUUGUAAAGUCCCUGAGAAAAUUAGAAAGUAAAAAAAUUCCAUUGAGAUGAAAAUGUUGGAAAAUAAGGUGUAUUUAAGAUCUUACUCUCUUUUUGUUAGAAUAAUUAACUUACUUCCAAGUGACUAUCUCAUAUUCUUGGUCCCAUGUUUUGUGCUUUUAGUGUAGCGUUUAGCUUUCUUCACCAUUUUAGUGUUUAUACAUUAAUUACUGAAAAGAAAGGGAGAAAUUGGUGAAUAAAAGUCAGGGAAAUUGGGUUAUUCCUAUUUUCCAAUAGCACUAAUGUAUAGUCCCUUCAACCUUCCAUAUGGUGCUUUGUGUGAUGAGAGUAUAUAACAUUUAUAUAUGUUAUUAGUGCCUUAUUUUUUUCACUUGACUUUAUUUCUUAUCUAAAGAGCCAUAUAUUUUUUGUGAAUGUUCCUUGGUCCCUCUAUUUAAAGUAUUGAUGAAAUAGCAUCAUUAGGGAUGUAUAUAGGCUGCAUUUGCUACUUAAUCCACUGUAUUAUCGCUAUAGCAGGUUGGCCAAUAUAUUUUUUAAUUUUAUGUUCAUUUUUAAGCUGAAGUAGAAAAGGUAUUAAACACCAGAAAUUGAAGCCAUUAUAAUUGAAAUGUAUUUUGAAAUCACACACAAAAAAAAUGCUGAUCAUUAAAGUUGGAAUGGCUAUUAUAAUCGAUAGCUCCAAUUAGGAAAAAAUGCUUUUAAAACAAACAUCUUUAAAAUUGAAAGCAAUUUUAUGGCAUUUAGGAAUUUGACCAAUUUCCUACAAUUUAUCUUUGGCAAUAUUUUAUCUGUAAUCUGCUUCCACACAGAUGCUGAAGAACCAUGUGCUGGCUACUUGUAUGUAGUUCUUCACUCACAGUAGAUUACACUGACAUCAAGCCAUUUUGUACUAUAUCUUAUUUUGCUCUUCUUGUUCGGCACCUUUUAUUUUCAGCUUUAUAUACAAAGUUCGGUUUGUUGUAUCCUUUUAUGUAUCAUAGUAUAUAAUUCAACUUUUCUUGAUGAAUGUUGAUGAAUAGUUAAAAUAAAUCAUGUGCUUAGAAAAGACGACAUAGGUUGUUUAUGCAAAUAUGUGUAAAUAUUUGACAAAUUAAAAAAAGGAGUAGAAGAAUCUUCCUGCCAACAGAUAUGUCCUGCUGGACAGGACUUGGAAAUUAACAGAUUUUUUUUUUAAGCAGCGAAAUUUAAAAAUCUAUUACCUCAAGACUUUUCAGUGGGUAUGUGCCCAUUACUCCUCCUUCCUAUUAUACAGUUUGAUUUGCUGCUGGCGGUAAAAACAACCCAAGUGUCAGAUCACACAAAUUUUAGAGGCAAGUCUUACAAAAGAUGGAUACCAUGUGAUAUUUCGGAGUCUAAUUUUGGACUUUCAGUAAUGUCCCUAUAACCUUUUGUUGUGGAGGGGCUUUCUUUUAUAUUGUUUUGGUUGUUUUAGAGUGGCAGGGCAGUCUUAAUUAUGAGAUGCAAUCUGAUGGAAGGAUAAAGCAUUUCCUCUACUUGGAUGGAAAGUGUAAUGGUAAGCACCUAUUUUGACUGUGGCUGUGUGAGCUGUUGUAUGGAUUACUGUGGAGUGCUGUUUACUCGCAGGAUGUGUGCAAUAAUACAUCAUGCAACAUCUGCUAGCAAUGCCUAAUAAAUGUUUAUAAAAGAGAAGGCUCUUGUCUUUUUUUCCAGUUGAUGGGGAAAAGGAGUCAACUGUAUGCCAAAACACAGAAUGGCACUUUUAGUGGUGACCUUAAUGUGGUAAAUACAGGUGUUGAUAUGUUAGGAUGCACACAUGAAACUUAUACAUUGUUAUCCAAUGUUACUUCAA